GGUCAUUACGUUGAUGCGAGCAACUGCCAACAGCAAGCGUGUCACAGACGCGAUCGCGUCCUUCAUCCGUUUGAGCCUGGAUCGAGCUGAUGACGGAAAAGAGGGGGGAGGAGGGACUACAUGUCUUUGGGCGCUGCGGAGGAAUAUCGCGAAGCGCUGUCGGUGUGUAUGCCAGCGGCGUGUGGCGCGUGCGCCGCAGUGCACGUGAGGCGUGCGGCGGGAGCUGGAUGUCUGCGCGGAAGCUCUCUAUUUACUAGCGGUGCUGCGGUCUGAACGUUAGCUUCUCUCUCUCUCGUUCUUUCUCUCUCUUGCUUGGCAAAGCAAGCGACAGUUGGCUCAGAUAUCGCGCGACUGGCAAAAUGGUCGAUAACACAGCCUUCCUCACCCUGGCCCUCCCGUGCUUGCCGGUGCUCCUAGCGCAGGCUUUCAAUUGUUCCGGCACUGCCUAGAGAUACAAGAAGGCUCACUGUUGAAAAUCCCACCGGGGUUAGGAACCACCUACUGGGUCAGCCAUGCCAUCCCACCAGCUGUCGCCAGUGUUAAAUGCAAAUGAACAAAACUGAUGGGCCACGCUGGGUCGUGCUAGUUGUUGUUGUUGUUGUUCACCUUGCAUAACAACUCUUAGGUGUGAUUUUUUUAUUAUUAUUAUUUAAUUGGUGAAAUGACAGUGAAGUAGGCGGCACGACCACUGCUGGCAGAACACACUGCAGCAGGACCAAGACGAGACGGAGCGAGGGGCCUCGCUUCUCUCUCUCUCAAAGGCGUGUGUCUCAGGAUUAAGUGCUGUGCAGUGCCGUGCCGUGCUGUGUUGUUGCUGCUGCAACUGUUGUUGCCUUCACGUGGUGGCGACUGACUUGCUGUGCUCCUCGCGUGACCCCGUCACUUGUGCUUAUCAGCAGUGCGUGCAAGCGUGAUGACCUAGUCUCCAGUCUCUCCAGCAACCUUUCCUCGUGUAUCCGGUCACUCCACUUACCCAACCACCCACCCACCCGCACCCAGCCUGCCCCACCCCGAGUCUCUGUCUCUCCGCAUCUGACGUCGCACGAACGAACGGCGUAGGUGAUAGCGAGGUGUUUGCUCUGGCUCUGGACGUUCGCCAUGUAGGCGACGGUCGCUUGGAGGAUCGCAGAGGAGGACCCCACAGGCCGGUAUGAGAUGGUCGGAGGUUAAAGCGGCCGCUAACCUCCCGACAACAGCGACUUCACUCGCGUCUGCUUCCAUUUCGUCGAUUUCCUCUGCUUCCACGGACAUCGGUCUUGCAGCAUCUCCGGCAAACGCUAAUCGUAGUGGUAUCAGCGGUGGUUGUCGCAGCUGUGAUGAUGAUGGUGGUGGCGGAAGUGGCGGCGGUGGUACUGGUGGUGGUGGAGUUGGUGUGAGUGGUAGCAGCUGUGCCGUCCUUGGUGUAGUAGUAGUAGCUGCGAGCGGCGACUGCGACGCUGACGACGACGGUCCCUGGAGUAAAGAGCUGCAACACCGUACUCACCUCAUCCUUCACGCGCCCACUGCAUCGUUGUGGUCGCUGCUGUUGUUGUUGUUGCUGCUGCUGUUGUCGUAGUUGACGGAGCAUGCGUAGCAGUGUCUGUGCUGGCGGCGCGGUGGAUGUGUAGAGGCCCCCGACAAUGCCUGUACGCAGGGGGCACGUGGCUCCGCCGAACAUUUUCAUCGACACUAUCAUUCGGAAGUUCGAUGGCCAGAACCGGAAGUUCAUCAUUGCCAAUGCUCAGGUAGAGUCGGUGCCUAUCAUCUUUUGCAACGAUGGCUUCUGUGAGCUCACCGGGUACUCUCGGGCAGAAGUCAUGCAGAAAUCCUCCGUCUGCGACUUCUUACACGGUCCACUGAGCAGCUCCUUUGCUAUCAUGCAGCUCAAACAGUUUCUUCAGGGGACGGAGGAGAAGCAGGUGGAGAUUCUGUACUACAAGAAAGACGGCUCCAAGUUCCUGUGCAGCGUGCUCGUGGCUCCUGUCAAGAAUGAGAAUGGAGAGAUAAUCAUGUUUAUUAUCAACUAUGAAGACAUCACAGACACUGCCGCGAAAAAUGACAUCAAGAAAUUUCAAAACAAUCGCCAUCAGAGCUUCAAGCUGCGUCUGCCGUCCAUACGAAGGGACAUUCGUUCCAAGGCGAAGGCCAUCGAAAAGAUCCCGGAUCCAGAAAAUCCACCCAUUCCGGAAGAAGCGGUCCCCCUAAGUCAGUUAGGGUCAGAGGACAGCGACCUUGGCAGAGGGGAGGAUAGGCUAGGUGCCCAGGACAGACUGAUUGGGGAAGAUGAGGAGAAAGAUGAUGGCGAGAAAUGGGAGGACGAGAAAGAUGAAAAACCUUACACAGUUUCUUUUGUGUUCCACAAAGGCCGGCCCCGUGCCCACACAUUAGACUUAUCAGGUCCUACUCGAAAUCACGUGAGACCGCAGGUGGGUCAGUCGGUCAGUGACCCGGAGCUGGGUCGUCACCAGAUGAAGCAGAUGUCCGGCAGCGUGGUCAGCCUGUCAGGAGACGACAGCAAGAAGCACCCGGAGCGGGACGGGGUGGCCUCCUCCGCCAGGGGCCUGCUGCUGCCCAGCGUCCAGAACAUGAAGCAGAACGUGUCGGAGAAAGUUGCACAGGUGUUGUCGCUGGGCGCAGACGUCGUCCCCGAGUACAAGCUGCAGUCGCAGCGCAUCCAUCGCUGCACCCUCUUGCACUACUCCCCCUUCAAGGCCGUGUGGGACUGGAUCAUCCUGCUGCUGGUCAUCUACACCGCCAUCUUCACGCCCUACGCCGCGGCCUUCCUCCUGUCCGAGGAGAAGAAGCACAAGACGCGGGCGAGCGUGGAGAGUCGUUACUCCGAGCCCAUGACCAUCAUUGACCUCAUCGUGGACAUUAUGUUCAUCUUUGACAUUUUCAUCAACUUUCGCACCACCUACGUCAACAAGAACGACGAGGUGGUCAGCCACCCGGGCAAGAUCGCCGUCCAUUAUUUUAAGGGCUGGUUCUUGAUAGACGUGGUGGCGGCCAUUCCCUUUGACCUUCUCCUCUUUGGCUCGGAGACCGACGAGACGACGACCCUGAUAGGACUGCUAAAAACGGCGAGGCUGCUUCGCUUGGUGAGGGUGGCCCGCAAGCUGGACCGGUACUCCGAGUAUGGCGCUGCCGUGCUCCUGCUCUUGAUGGCGACCUUCGCCCUCAUCGCCCAUUGGUUGGCGUGCAUCUGGUACGCCAUCGGAAACAUGGAGCGCAACAUGGCGCAGGGCGGUCAGCCGCGGAUUGGCUGGCUGGACGAGUUGGCCCGUCAGACCCGCCAGCAUUACAACGUGUCGGACGUCAACAGCGGCCCCACCAUCAAGUCCAAGUACGUCACGGCCCUCUACUUCACCUUCAGCAGCCUGACCAGCGUGGGCUUCGGCAACGUGUCCCCCAACACUAACUCGGAGAAGAUCUUCUCGAUCCUCAUCAUGCUGAUCGGAUCGCUGAUGUAUGCCAGUAUCUUCGGUAAUGUCAGUGCCAUCAUCCAGCGAUUGUACUCCGGCACCAUGCGCUACCACACCCAGAUGCUACGGAUAAAAGAGUUCAUCCGCUUCCAUCAGAUUCCAAACCCGUUAAGGCAGCGCUUGGAGGAGUACUUUCAGCAUGCUUGGUCCUUCACCAACGGCAUCGACAUGAACAUGGUCCUGAAGAGUUUUCCAGAAUGUCUUCAGGCCGACGUCUGCCUCCACCUUAAUAGAAACCUCCUCAACAACUGCCCGGCCUUUAAAGGUAACUUCUGUCAGGGAGCCAGUCCUGGAUGUCUGAGAGCCCUUUCCAUGAAGUUCAAGACUACACACGUGCCACCUGGGGACACACUAGUACACCGUGGGGAUGUACUGUCAGCUCUGUAUUUCAUCUCUCGUGGGUCAAUUGAGAUUCUGCGUGAUGACAUUGUUGUUGCUAUUCUUGGGAAGGAUGAUGUGUUUGGUGAGAAUAUGUGUAAAUAUGCCACUGUUGGCAAAUCCAGCUGCAAUGUGAGGGCUCUCACUUACUGUGACCUCCACAAGAUCCACCGGGAUGACCUUCUAGAGAUUUUGGACACUUACCCAGAAUUUGCUGACUUGUUCAUCAGAAACCUAGAGGUCACCUUUGAUCUCAGAGAUGAGGAGUUGAUGGUCCGCAUACCAGAUGGUAACAUCGGCUCGAGGUCACGUUUCUUCUGCAACAGGUCCUUUCAAAACAUAGACAGCUCUCAGGGUUUGGAAGACUAUGUGCCCCUUUCUGCACUUGCAGAUUAUCCAGAGACCUGCAGCUUCCGACCCUCAAGAUCACACCAUCCUCAGCAGGCAUCUAUGCAUCCCGAUCAUCAGUCUUACCCCUCAAGUGAGGAAGACAUCCGGGAGUCAGGUGCAGGCAUUCUCGAGUUCUCCACAGCCAAGGCAGGUCAAGAUAUAACGCCUGCCAACUAUGACUUUGAGAUGAAAGAGGAGAAGAAGAAAACAUCUGCUGGAUUUUCUAACCUUGCUGUUGGUGCUCUGUCCAGUGUCAACACUCUAGUCCAGGCUGUGACCAGUCGUUAUGAAGGCAAGAAAAGUCAGGAGAUGGCACCACUGCUGCAGGAACAUAGUGCCAGUCCAGAAGCCCAGCUGAAAGGGACAUCCACAUCCAGCAUGCCCAAGUCAACAUCCAGCAUGACAUUACCUGUUUCCCUCCCUUCCAGUCUCUCCCAGACAGAUGAUAUGACAUCUGGGAUGGGAGGGGGACUUCAAACGCUUGCCCCAACAUCAGAUUUUCGUCAUGUUCUCCAUGCUCCACCCUCGCCCCUGCAUGUGGAACGCCGUUUGGAUGAGUUAGCAAGGCAACUCACUCAGCUGGAGAGAAAGAUGAGUCAGGACAUUGCUCUCAUUCUGCACGUCCUUCAGCACCAAGGAACACCCAUGUCACCUCCCCCUCCUCCUCCUCGUAUGCCCGAUAUAGAAGGCUUUCCUGCUCCUCCUGAUUAUUUAUCUCUCUCACCUGAAAGCUUUCCUUCUCCUCCAGGAAUGCACCAGGCACCUGGCAUGGAGAUGACACCAGAAUCCAGGUGGGCCAUGCAGCAGAUCCUUAGUCCUGAUGUCGGAGACAUUAGAUCUGGACUUCUACCAUCUGGGCAUUCACCUACUUCUCCCUCUAGCCAUUCCGGAAUUACCACUGGUGUUACUUCUCUUGAGUCAAAGACAACUGCCUUUUCCCCUCCUGCUCCCCACCCACCACCACUGCCACCUUUUUCAGGCGGGUUUGCACUAGGAGCUGGUCCUCUUCCACAUCCUGACUCAUCAGUUGCAUCAUCACUGGCAUUGCCAGAGGAGCAAGAACUGACAUCAUCACCAUCAUCUUCAGAAGCACACGGCGUCCAAAUUGUUUCUGGAGGCAGGCUGACAGUAGAACAGCAGAGACAGCUUGGCUUGCCAGAAGGAGUUGACAUGAAAAAUACAGUCGUGUGAUGGUUAGCAUGUCUGCAGUGUGUUGCAUGUUGAAGUGCUGUCAUAGUGUUAAAUGACAGCAGUGAGAGAAAAAAGAAAAAAAAAAACAAGAAAGAGAGGCUGUGAUACUUUUUUCCUGCCCUGCCUGCAGCACUUGAGGAGACAAUCUACUCGAGAGCAAGUAUAGAAUUUUACCAGAUUGUUGUGGGGAGUUAUAAAUUUGUUUUUAAAAACCCCAGAGAUGUCAUAUUUGCUCCCAUACCCUUUUUUUAAAUAAAAAGUUGUGCUCAUGUGUUAUGGAGGUGUGGGGACUUGAAUGUGACAUGAUUGAUCAUGAAACGCUUGUGACAGCAAGAGAUAGUUCUUGGAGAUUUCCUUUUUAGGCUGAAUAUUGGAUGAAUUAUUUUGAUGCAAAUGCAAGCAGAUUACUGUCAAAGAUAAAUGUCCAAGAAAUACUAAAGACAACGUGCCAAAAACAUGUGCAGCAGCUAAAUAAUCAGCAUGACUGCUUGCAUGAAUAUCGGCAACCAUCCUACAAGACUAGCUCAUGAUCAGGCGGUCAUUAUGAACACAUGAAGAAGUGUGUGACUGCUUUUUUGAAGUGUGUGUUCUACUGCAAAGAUGUGGAACAGACAAGAUUCAUCUUGGAUCACUCAAGGAAUAUCACUCAGUGCUUGUGCUCGGCAAGUCACACUUUAUGGUUAUGGCCAUUAUUCAUGCACAGGAUCUGAACUUGUUAGAUGUGUGUAAAUGAAAAUGUCUCUAAGGGCAUCACCGUAAGAAGAAAUGUGUGAGGAGGUGCUUCAUACGAGGUCUUUUAUUUGUUUGCAUUGGUACAACUAUAUCUCAGUUGGUCCUGCCUAUUUUGUCAUUGUAAAAUUCAAACCAUUUCUUCUCACUUCAUUUUCAGUGAGAUAAGAAUUCUGGAACUAUUAUUUUUAAAUUUUAUAAGUAGUACAACCUCUAAGAUUGCAAUUUUAAAUUUACAGAAUGCUCUCAUAGAUAUAUUGCAAAUUACUUGAAAAUUACGUGCUUUUUACUUGGGGUUGGGUGGGAGAGUAGAAACAAGAUUCAUGAGUAUGCACAUGUUGAUAUUCGUUAAUUAAUGCUGCAUCAUUUAUAUGAUACUAGAGGGUAUCAUUUUAUAACCUUUGGCUGAAAUGGCAGAAAUCAGUAGUCCUACUCAUAAGACCUCUAACAUGCUAACUUUAAGGCUGCAUAAAUAUGUGUUUGAUAUAACAAUUGGCAGAAAUUUUAUGAAAAUGUUCCUUGCUGAAAAGCAGCAUGUGAUCAUUCCAAUAAAUAUAUCAACAUCACUCUUUAGACAGCUUAAAAUGUGCAAAGACAACACCAUAUUCCACCUUUUAUCUAGUUGUUGGCACAGUUUAACUAAACUUAUAAGUACUUCUUGUGUUGUAGGCUCAAAUACAAAUUUGUGAAACUGUAGUUGCGCAAAUAUGUUUGUAAGUUGCUUCCUUUAUGGGGCUUUUAUUUGAUGGGGAGAUCAACAAAUCAUCAAAGCAAUAAUGAAGAUUUGUUAAGCUUAUAGCAAUAUAUCUCUUCUGCAAUCACAAUUCUCUUGCUCUAUUAAGUUUUUUCAAAAUUUAGCAAGAUUUUCAAUCGGCUUUACACCAUAGCAGACAUUUACUUAUAUUUUUUAUGCUUCUGAUAGUUUAUCUGUUUUUUAGGGGAACAUGUUUCAGCUACUUUUCAGUCUCUCCCUUCAGCUCUUCUAUUCAGUGUCCUAUUUUAAGCAUGAACUAAGUCUUAGGUGAGGAAGUGUCACCUAUUUAUAAAAUCUGCAAUGGAUUUUUUUAAUGGCAAGUUAAUAUAUAUGGGUCAAGACUUCAGAAGGGAAGUUUAUUAUACUCUAUGACUGUUUACUUGCAAGAUUUAUUUUAUCGUUUUAAAGAGUCUGCAACAAAAUAAUUUCUGCUAAGGUAUUUUUAAGAGGUAGUAUUUCUUGUAGUAUUUAUAGUUUGUUAUUUUACUUUUUUGAAUAAGUGGUGCAACCAAUAAACAUUAGUUAACACUUUUGGAAAGUUACCUAAGCUAGUAAAUAUAGCAAUCAAUUCUAAUUGAGGAUAAUUUUACCCAGAUUCCAAGCUGAAAGCUCAUUCAAUAUCCAGCUCAACUUAAAAAAAAAAAAAAAGAAGAAAGAAAAUCUCAUAACAUGGUGUGCAUGGAUAGUGGAGGAGCUAUAGUAAAUAGUAGAGAAAAGCAUCAGUCAGAAAUUGAGGACAGUCUAUUUAUUGAGAAACAGCUUUGUUUAACUUUUAGUAAACAAAUCGCUCAGGCAUUUACCUUGAUUAAUAAAUUAAGCCAUUGUUUUAAUCUUGAAAAAUGUGGUUCCUUAUAAUGCUCAUAUCCCUCUGAAUCUCUAUUUCUUAAAACUUUUUUGGCAUCCCUUUUGGCAUCUGCAUUUCCAUCACAGAAACUUCACUCAAAAGAAUAAAUAAAAAGUAAGAACAUUGUAUCACUUGUACAGUUUCUUUCUUCCUACACACAUGCAUACACCCUUGAACUCACCUACCAACUACCUCCAUUCAGGCCAUCCGAAACAAUUUAUGAUCUGCCAUAUCUAUCAAUAUUAUGAAAUCAUCGGUGACUUUCAGUGUACUGCACUUAAAGCAUAGCACAUUUUGGCCUUAAAAAAAAAUCUCUUACGAUGAUCGAACUGCAUGAGCUGUUGUUCUAAAGUGAAUUACAGUGUCAUAUCUAAAGAUGAUAAGUGAGGUUCUUUACACCAUCGAACAUUUUUGUGAAAACUGUUAUGGCAUACUUACAAUUCUUUAUGUCUUUCUUUACAUAUAAGUUUUCUGUAACAGUCUUAAGUAAAAUUUCUAUUCUGAAUUGAUUUCAUUCUGCCCAAGCAAUAGUUUGUGCUAUGGUUUGUCUCCCCUUUAUUGGUUUUCAACUGUUUGUGCACUAGUUAUCAUCUGCACUUGUUGCCUUCAUUCAGUGUUCAGUUUUAAAAAACAGUAUUGACAAUGCAAUUUUUAUAGUAUAAACAUAAGCAUGUUUACAUUUACUCAGAACCUUCAUCAUGACUUAUCUCAAACUAAUUGUGCUGUGCAACAUGUCUCAAUCUCCCCAGUGAUCACAAGGCGGCGAUAAUUGUUAUGACUAUGUUUAUAUCUUCCUUGCAUGUAUUGCUGCUACUUGCUAUAGUGUCAGACCUAGGCAUACUUCAUGAGAAAUUUUAAUUUUUUUCUUUUUUUUUUUUCUCUUCACCCUCACCCCACACUUUACCUGUUGUCCUGUCCCCACACUAUCUGAUGCUCCAGCAGUCAUCUUGCUUUACAGGCCACUUUAUUCUGUACCAACAAUUUUGGUGUUAUCGUUGUACAUGUUCUUGUCUCCAGAAACUUUGGUAUGGAGUAGGUUGUGACAAACAGAUAAAUGAUAAUCAUGAUAUUUAUUCUUUGCUCUGAGAUGUCCUUGACCUAUCAGACCCUGUAUUUCUGGUUCUUGUGGCUAAUCUCCUGUGUACUACUUUAAAUUAGGAACAUCUCCAUCACUGGCAUAUUUUUUCCAUACCUAUCUGGGAUGUACAGACAAUUUAUAGACUCUCCCAUAAUCACUUAGGCACUAACACUGUCCAAGCUUUUAUAUUUUUAUUAUUUAAUUUAUUUAUCAAAAAGAGAGAUGGCGGGUUCUAAUGUUUGUGAACUUAAACUCAAGACUUGCUCAGACUUGGAAAAACAUUAAACUUUAAUGAAAAAAACAUAAACAUUCACAAAUAUUCUUUUUCUAAUCUUUCAAAAUACAAGUUAAGUUUAUGUUGAAAAAAUUGUUCCCUAAAGAUGCUUUUGUUUUAAUGUUUUGCACAGUCAUACAAAUCUGCAAAUGCUUCUUGUGAUUAGGUAUUGUUAUGAUGGUCAGGAAGUUGGCUUAUUGUUAGUAAACCAUUAAGCCCUGUUCCAUUAGGAAGGUGCCUGCCACUGAACAUACCAACACACUGGAUGAACUUCAGUUAAGUACAUUUUUGAAAAAAUUAGGAAUCUUAAAUGAUUUCAUCCCUCAUUUUCUCUACUCUUGCAAGUGCAGGUAUUAUUAGCGUGUUCUUUGAAGUGCUGUGCAAUAAUUUUUUGCUUUAAGCUAAAAACUCUAUGUGAGACUGGUGGAAAACUCUACCCAUCCCUUUACUCCCUAUAUCACCAUCAGAAAUAAAAUCCACAAAGUUGGAGGUACUUCCAAAGAUGAUGUUGCUUGAUCACCCACUGUUUGUCAAACCCCAUUCCAAGAAAAUGAUGUUAAAACAUUCCUUUACCCAACAAUUUUUUUAUAUUUACCUGUUAGUUUGAAAAGAAUUGCAUAAAUUUGUUGUAGAAGGUAAUGUGCUGUGUUACUAAAAAAAUAGUGCAUUCUAAACAUCUUUAAUAUAUAUACAGGGAAAAAAGGGGCGGUGUAUUAUUUACAAAAGCAGCCUAGAACCAAUUCUGUUUAUAUAUAAAUAUAUCGUUUCGCUAAGAAUAAUGUUGCAUCUGUUCAGGUCAUUAGCAUAGCAACUGAGCUCAACAAGAUCGAUACCAUUAGAAAAAUGUGUGUCAAAAAGUAUGUACAUGCAGUGUAAGCCAUAAAUACAUUCAGAAGAAAAGAGAUUCACAGUGUUAUGCACUGUAUAAUGUAAAUGCGGUCAAAACUUUUGUGUCAUUGAAGAGAUUCCACUAGGGAAAUAGAAAACCCUGGGCUGAAUGGUUGUGUAGAGGUAGAUGGUAGUCAUAGUGAAAAAGUACAACCUGGUCAUAUGAAGAACGUUUGAGAUCUGUUCAUUAAUUUGAUGCUGAUCCUGCGUAGAAGUUCACACUGUGUCAUGACUGCAUGAGCUUGAUUUACCCUUAAGCCCCCAUAUUUCAUAGAGGUCGCCAAUGCACAUAUUUGUACAGUCAUGGAUGUCUGUGAUGUAAAAUAUGGUGAUUUCAAACAAGGUAAAAAAAAUGAAAAGCAGAUUCUUUUCAGUGGUCUGAAAAUCCUGAGGACACCUUUCAAAAGAACUUUUGUUUAAAGUACGAGCCUUUGGUGGCAAUCCGCUAAGGUAGAAAGAUGAGUACUCAAUGGAGUUUUGAAACUGACUUACUCUAUGGUGUUUCAGUUAAUGUUCAACCUAUAGUUUAUUUUUUUGGCAUACCCAUUAAUGAAUUUGGUUACAUUUGUUUUCGAUAGUUUUAGGACUGGUGGUCAGUUUGCAAAGAGAGCUAUUAAUUUCAAAGCAUACAACUCGCAUCCACUAGUAAGACGGAGAAAAUUCUUUAGUCAGAAUUUACAUAAGUAUUUUGCAGUUGGGGGUUGAUAAGCAUUCCUUAUAGUGGCACAGAAAACUUAAGUGUUUGUAUCAAGUGCUGUGCCUUUAGCUCUCAUGUAUUUCAUAAAGAGAAAAAGGAACUAGUGUUCCAGGAGUCUCUACAAAAUGCAAUAAGAAAUGUAGCAAGGUGAAGCUUACAGUAUUUUUUUUUUUAGGAAGGAAACACUUGUGAACAAGACUAUUUAAUAACUUGUAUUCUUCAAUUCCAGAAUUUCUGUGCCUUUAUCAUUGUUACAGGUUGGGGGGAAAGCAACCAUACCUCUCAUGGUUGGUGUCAAACAUUAGAAAAAAAGUCUUUUUUCAGUCCUGUAAAGGGAUUAUUUUACUUUCAAAUAAUGUUUUAGAACAUUUUAAUAUCUGAAACAGUUUUCAGGAGACUGGUACGUGCUUUUAUCAAAAGGGCAAACAUUUGCAAUGAAGACUUCUGUUAAACACAUUACAUAGCACAAGGGUGCAAGGAUGGGAAAAAUCUAUUUCAUGGGUUAUUAUAGGAUAGACAGGACACAUACCAGUAUAUGAUGGAUCAUAUAUGUAUGCUUCUUAUCGGUUGUCUGUGCUGUGGUAACUGGGAGAGUCAGGGAGCAUACAUGCUGAGCAAAUACUAAUGUUUAAGUUAAUAAUCGUGUAUGACCUGUGAAUAUGGUAUAUAUCCAAAUGGCUGUUGGAGGGG